AUGGCAGACGCGGUUCCAAAAAAGCGGGGGCCCAAGACCGAUGUGCUGGAGGCACUGUUGAAGCGAGUGGAUGGCCUGGAGAAGAGACUGCACGAUGAAAAGAAUCCCAUCUCGCCUACUUCUCCCGACACCCCGGACGACCCUCCGAGUUUCCCCACCCGUCGCAAUACCAUCGAUACCUCCUUCAUUUACUCGGAGCGACCCGCGCCAGCCUCGUUGGCACCGGCCGAUCCUUUUCCCAGGCCAAGCGCCCCAGCCAACAUUCAACACUCACCAACGCAUCAUGGAGUUCUCCCAGAUGCGCUCUUGGACUUGUACUUUGUGCGCUUGCACGGGAAGCCGUUUUACAUUUUGGAUGAGGCGACAACGCGACAGCGCCAUCAGCUGAAUCAGUUGCCUAACUAUUUAGCCAUGGCAAUUUUGGCAAUUGCAUCCCGGUACACUACUUCGCCCGGGCAAGUCGAGCAGUCAUACCGCUCUGGGCUUGAUGCAGCGCUUCAGGCAAGACGUCUGAUAGAUGUGGACAAUCCCACAAUCGAAGGCCUGCAGACGUUACUGUUGCUGUCUCAGACUUUCUUUGCUUACGGACUUGGAAAGAAAGCCUAUAUGACGUUUUCGAAUUGUGUGGCCAUGAUAGUCGCGCUGGAUUUAUAUCGUGAAGCCCCUUCAAAAAUGAACGUGGCGCCUGUCGAACGUGAAAUGAGGCGGCGGUUAUUCUGGUCUGUCUACCUGAUGGAUCGCUUCAUCAAUUGCGGAUCCCGACGUCCAUGUCUCAUUUCGGAUCACUCGGUGGUCCUGCGCUUGCCUUCCUGGUCGCCCCAUGCGGCUGGCCUGAACAUGGACGGCGAGCUUUUCCAUGUCGGACCUAACAUUCAAUACUCGGCGGACUCUCGUCGUAAGUCGCCGAGCGCGGCUUCUUUGCUGAUUGAUAUAACAAGGAUCCUCGGGGUAACCAACAAGUACCUUGCUGCCGGCGGAGUCAAGGGUGACUCCCAUUUCCCAUGGCACGCACUUUCGAAUCUGUCUAAAAUCCGACAGGAGUUGGAUAUCUGGGCGGCCGGUACGCAGGAUGUUUUUGCGUCGGUAGAUGCGUUAUUUGGUCACCCAGAGAGUACGACCCUUUUGUUGAGCAAACUGAUCUACCACCUGGUGCAUUGUCUGAUUUAUCGCCCUUUCCUACCAAUUGAUUUGGUAGAGCUGCGCGGAACCGGUCAGCACCAGUCGUGGCAGAUUGAGGCUACGAAUCUGUGUUUCUCACAUUCCAAUGCCAUCGCUGAGUUGGUUGAAUUGGGUCGCAAUUCACCACUGGUGGAGUGGCCUGCAUUUGUGGGUUAUUGUGUGUGCACUGCUGGUACAGUACAUGUCCAUGGCGUGCAUUACAAGGGCCGAGAAGGAGAGGUCUUCUCUUCCAGUGCGGAAUUUUUGACCCGGGAGAUGCACCAGCUAGCAUGGCUCCGGGGGAUCUGGAGUGGUGUACAGCAUCAGCGUGAAUUGCUCCAAACAAUAUACACUUGUCAUUCUGAGCUGGUGCGCAAUUUGGCUAGCAGUCCCAUGCGCUUCUCGCCGGUGUUCCAUCUCGAGGACUUCCUCGACCGAUAUCCCGGAUUGACCUUGGAUGGAUCACACGUGCGGCUUGUAGACACUGGAGAUGACUCGAGUCCCGGAUCCACCGCAAACCUCAUUGACCGUCAAGAUCACUACUACCAACGCCCGGUAGCAACACCUUCAUACCAAACCCCAUCUUCCUUCUACUCGAAUUCAAGAGCGGCACCUUCCACUCCACUGGCACCAGCUCAGAGCUCAGAUAGUGAGCAUCGACGCCAGUCAAUUUCUCAAAAACCGCCCCCUCUCUCCCCAAACCUCCAAUUCCAAUCCCAACAAUCCCCUCUCCCGUCCAUCUUCUCUCUCCAGACGGGAGACCUCUCUGAACACAAUCUCAAUCUCCCAGUUGGGUUUUCGCCCUCUGCCUUUGGUCUCUCCCCGCCCGCAUUUCUAGCCGAGACAUCCCUACACAUUGCCCCAACACCGCCCUCCAACCCCCAAUACGCCACAUUCCCCUUCGACACUGCUCACGCCAAUAUGAAUGGCAUGACGCAAGGCUCCACUGCUCUUACUCCAGGCGCCCAGUCUCAGACUAGUGGUACUCACACCACCAACGGCAGCGAAGGUGGGUCUCUCGAGAAAGAUCCCUUCCUUAGUUUGCUAGAACAGCUCGCCGAGAACGAACACUCUCAAGGCGGGCCCAGUGAGUUGGACUUCUUCUUGACCGGCACUGGUGCCGUUGAUGAUGAGAAAGACGCCACUUCAUAG